AUGAAAAACAUAUUGGCUUUUGCUCGCUUCGAAAGCGAAGGAGACAAAGAGGGACCAUUGGCAUCAAUCGAUAACAAAGCUUGUGGGGUGGCGUUUGUUCUUAGGAUCAUCGGUGAUCGUGACUUCUACCUUUUGAACUGCAAGGGAAGAGCGGUCGUCUUCGGUGUGGUGGUGGUGUCUACUCUCGCAGAUUGCGGACGAGGGUAG